AAUCCAUGCAGAUGAAGCCAGAGAAACACACAGAGAAAUUAAGGUUGUGAUCUCCUCAUCCAAACAAGGUCAUGAUCUUUCCUUCCAUAUUAUAUUGCCAAAAUCUCAAAUAACUGCACCAGCUUUAUCUUGAAUCUUCACCAACACAAGAGAUUGCAAAAAGUUUGGCUUUAUCCUUAUCUUUUGCAUUCUACUUGUUGUUGGUUCUUGAAAGAAAAAAAAAAACAUGACGUCUCGAUUGGUUACUUGUUUCGGUGGGCGAAUUCUAGGGAAGCUUUCACACUUUGUGUUGUGCAUGGUGCUUGAAUGGGUGUUGAUGAUUUCACUCUUCAUUGAUGGGUUUCUAGCAUUUUUCACCAUUGAGUUUUCAAGAUUCUUUGGUUUGGAAAUUCCGUGCUGGCUCUGCGCGAAGAUGAAUCAUGUUCUCGCGCACAAUACGCCUAAUUUUUAUUACAACAAUUCCAUUUGCGUGGCUCACAAGAAAGACCUUUCGUCUAUGGCGUUUUGUCACAAUCACAAGAAGCUUUCUGAUAUAAGACAGAUGUGUGAAGGGUGUUUACUUUCGUUCGCAACGCAGAAGGAAUCGGAUUGUGAUACCUAUAAGUCUCUUGUAGGGGUUUUGAAUAAGAAUCUUGAUUGCUUUGUUGAGGAUGGACAGAAUAUUCAAUUGAGUUUGAAGGAUGGCGAGGUCUUGCAGGAUGAGAAAAGAAGUACUCAGAAAUGUGCAUGCUGUGGAGCACCGUUGAAACUCAAAUCUUCAAUCUCAAGAAAGAAUUCAGGGUCGUUUUCACAACCUCCCGCCGCUUUGCCACCAAUUUGUCCAAUCGCGACGCCAAAAUCUGAGGAAUCUCCCAGUGUAGAUUCACCUCAAAUCCUGUCUGCAAAAAAGGAUUCAGAGGUUCCUCAGAAUGAGGAUGACAGCAACCUUAAAAUCCAGAAUACUAAAUUAAAGGAAGUACCAAAAGAAGUGGCGCUGCCUCAAUUGACAGUUUCCGAUGAUAUGAACAUAGAGUCCCCGAAAACCCCGUCUUUACCAUGGAGCAGCAGGUUUUUUGGAGUUCCAUUUACAGAUUCCCCAAACAACAGUCCAAGAUGGUUUUCAGCGCCGAUCAAGAAAUCACCUCUAGAAAAGACUGAAUUCGCCUCUGACUCUAUCGACGUUAGUUGUCAAACUGAAGAAGACGAUCCCGUCUUAAACAAUUUGAAGAGGCAAGUUCGUCUGGAUCGCAAGUCACUCAUGGCUUUGUACAUGGAGCUGGAUGAAGAGAGGAGUGCUGCAGCUGUUGCGGCCAACAACGCAAUGGCUAUGAUCACCCGCUUACAGGAAGAGAAGGCAGCUUUGCAGAUGGAUUCUUCGCAGUAUCAAAGAAUGAUGGAGGAGCAGAUAGAGUAUGAUGAAGAAGUCCUGCAAGAAACUAAUGAGCUGCUUCUCAAACUUGAGGAAGAAGUCAAGAGUUUAGAUACCGAAUUGGAGGUUUAUAGAGAUAAAUAUGGAUACUUGACAGAAGAUGAUGUUAAGGCUCAUGGUGGCAACAACAGCUUUACAACCGGGUCUAUUGAAGGCGAGGAGGAUGUAGAAAAAAACCUCGACCUUCAACAACCUGGUUCGUCGAAGGCAUAUAACGGGGAAGGGAAAAUCAAGGAGUCGCUAAAAGAUUUUAGAAUGGAGAGAACAUAUCUUCUUGGCCGGAAGAAAAUGGAAACUGGAACUCUUUUGACAGAGAGUGGAAUAUAACACAGUAAUACUUAACUUGUCCUUUAGCGUGAACGAUUGCCAUUUUCUAUUUUCUCUUAUUGAGUAUGUUCAAACUCAAAUAGUUAGCUCGUACGGAAGAUACUAUGUUAUUAAACACUAGAUGCUUCGCGAAAGGGCCACUUGAGUAACGGAAGCAGCGAGUAAAGUUAUUUGAUCUCUCUGCUGUUUGAUCUCUCUAUUUUCUCUUAUUAACAUCCUCAUUACUAGGCUUGUAGUAGUCUUUGCUAGGAUAAUUUGGAUACUUGUGUGAAUUUUAAAUGUUUAUAUGGUUAUUUUCAAUUUCUUAAUUGGUAUAUACUUCUGUCUUGCAUGCAAA